UGAUGAUUUCCGCCGUUGCCUUCGCGCGCGGUUCGUAAGGAGCUGGCAAGGUAGUCGCAGCUGUGAACCACCGAAUUCGCAAGAGCUUUUCCGACACCGCAACGGCGUCGUACUCCAGCCGGCAACGACAACUUGGGCGUCACUCUCGUGCAUAGUUGCAGCUUCACAACUCUGAAGAUGCCCCGAACCAAGAAACCGAAGCCCCGCCAGUCGUCUCUGCUCCCGGGAUGCGCCCUUGAUGCCGAACAAAUCAGGUACCUGGAGUGUAUGGUCAGCGAGCUGCAAUGCACUGUGGAGAGUUGUAUUGAAGCCUCGCAAGGCAUUGCAGACCGCAUCUGUCGCAAUGUGGACAUGUGGUACGACAGCAUUCUCCGAACAGUGCCUGAGGAAAUCCUCAAUCGGCCCUACAUGGAAGUGUGGGACAGUGUCUCACCAAUUCCAGACUUCUCGGUUGCCACCGCAUCGGCGUCUGCUGCAAGUGCCUCUUCAGCUGCAACUGAGACAUCAGAUGCGAGGCCAUUGACUGCCACGCGACUGCGGCAGAAGACAGCUGUGGCCAGUGCAAAGGCAAAAAGGGCAGGAAGCCAGCGUCGUUCUACAGGCAUGAAAAAAAAAGUGACGGACGAGGCUCCCGGUUCCACAAAGCCAGCCAAGAAGGCUCGUAAAGUGAGCAUGCACACGCCAGUCUACCCCACCCGUAGAGGCGCGGGACUGCCUGUUGUCACGCCGAAAUUUGACAUUCGGAAGCGGCCAACAACAGCACGACCAGUGCGGCGGGGCGAGACACUGCUGUCGCUGUCGGGCAGUCCUGUUGAAGCAAAGACGUCAGCGGUUCCUAUUCACGUUCACAUCAACAAAGGCCAGGUGGUGAAGGUUAUGGCCAGCAAUACUGGUGACUCGUCGGUUCAAGAGCUGUGCAAGGCCAUAAAGAACCUGUGCGAGAAGAUGUGAUGAUGCAGCACAGGGGCCACCACGCAUUGAAAAACACAUCUCUGGAAACCCUCCUUUUUUACAAUUUUUUUUCCAUAGAAAGUGCACUACAAAAUAGCACUUUUGUUUUUAAAUUGUUUUAGCACCUUGACUGCUGCAACUUUUAACAUGACCUGUAUCUCAAACUUUAGUCAUGCAAGAAAAAAUAAAGUUGUGUAAUCUUUUA